UCCGCAUAGAAAGCCCUAGAAUUGAGUUAGUUCUCAGUCUCCCCUCCCUUAAACUUGCGUAGAUAGGCGUAGUUCUUCCUUGUUUCUCUCCCUUUCUUCUUCAUCAAUCAACAAAAGCUCCGAUCGAAAACAUCAAACAAUGGGGAAUGAAACCACUUCUUACACUGUUGAACAACUCGUUGCUCUAAAUCCCUACAAUCCGGAUAUCCUUCCGGAUCUCGAAAACUACGUCAAUGAACAGGUUAUGACCAACUCCUACAGUCUUGAUGCCAACCUCUGUCUCCUUCGCCUCUACCAGUUUGAACCGGAGAGGAUGAGCACCCAAAUAAUUGCUCGCAUUUUAAUUAAGGCACUCAUGGCUAUGCCAGCUCCUGAUUUCAGCCUUUGCCUCUUCUUGAUUCCAGAACGUGUGCAAUUGGAGGAGCAGUUCAAGACAUUGAUUGUUCUCUCUCAUUAUUUGGAGACCGCUAGGUUUCAUCAGUUUUGGGAAGAAGCAGCCAAGAACCGCCACCUUCUAGAACCAGUUCCAGGUUUUGAGCAAGCAAUUCAAAACUAUGCUGUUCAUAUUCUUUCGUUAACUUGUCAAUGUGUCCCAAGGAGCGUGGUUGCUGAGGCUAUCAAUAUUGAAGGUCUUGCCUUAGACAAAUUCCUGGAGCAGCAAGUGGACGAAAGCGGAUGGAAUAUUGAAAAGAGUUCAAGAGGCCAAAUCAUAAUUAUUCCGCGUAAUGAAUUUAACUGUCCUGAGUUGAAGAAAAAUGCUGCUGAUAGCAUACAGUUGGAGCACAUAACUCGAAUCUUCCCCAUUCUUGGUUAAUAUUCGAUUAGUGUGUGGUUGAAAGAAUUAGCAGAUGUGUUGAAUUCUUGUUUACUUUGGAAAUUUUUUAUGAUCGUUGUUGUUUUUUAAAGUUUCAAAAUUUUUGGUUCAGUCCGUAGAUUGUUUAGCCUUAUGUUACAUUAAUGAACUAUUGAUAAUUUGUAAGCGCAUACUCACAAAUUAUUGAGAUUGAAUUUUGUUGCAUGUUUAACUAUUUGAAAAAAUUUCCCUAAA